AUGGCUGGCUCACUAGACGACAGUUGCUUGUCCAGCAACGUCAAUGAUGGUCACCACGACCAAAGUCCCGACACUGACAACACUGUUCACAUGCGAGAAGCGAUUCCCGACAACUCCAAUGUUCCAAAGCCGAAGCGGUUGGCUUGUAUGAUUUGCCGAAAGCGCAAGCUCAAGUGUGAUGGAGUUCGUCCAAGCUGCAGCACAUGCGCGCGACUGGGUCACUCCUGCGCCUACGAUGAACAGCGGCGAAAGAGCGGUCCCAAGAGAGGAUACGUGAAGGCGCUGGAGGAGAGACUGAAACAAGUCGAGACCCUGUUGAAGACGCAAGAUCCAGUGCCCGCCGCCAUCCAUAGCCCAAAUGCCAAAGGCAUGAACAUGCCCAUGCCUGGAGCUCACAAUCCGCAGACGGCGACACCAAAUCUCGGCGUCGCCAGCGCUUCCUUGGGCAUGGGCGGUGACCACGACAUGGACAACAACAGAUGGCAGCGUUUCAGUGGCGAGUCUCCGCAGGCUGGGGCCAACAUGGAAGACUUCAACUUCAACUCCAACAUGGGCAUGCCAAUCAACACCGUUGGGGGAGGCAACUUCACCUGGGAAAUGAUUGGCCUUGGACUCGAAGAGCCGCUGCCGCCACAAGAGACCAUUGAUGAACUCCAUCAAGUUUACUUUGAGAAGGUUCACCCGUCCAUGCCCAUGAUCCACCGGUACCGUUAUCUCGCCGCCAUGAAUCUGGCGCCAAAUCAACGGCCGUCAGUGUGCUUGCGAUAUGCCAUGUGGACUUUGGCAUGCUCCAUUACUGACAAGUAUACCGAUCUGAAGGAUCUGUUUUAUCAAAGAGCACGCAAGUAUGUAGAGGCAGAUUAUGUAAAAGGAUAUGGCGAGCACAUGAUUUCUGUGGCACAUUGUCAGACGCAUAUCCUAUUGGCCGCCUAUGAGAUGAAAAUGAUGUACUUCCCUCGUGCUUGGAUCAACACCGGCUCGGCGAUUCGUCUUGCCCAAAUGAUCGGCCUACACCGGUUAGACGGUGCUGGGCUGGACGUUAAGCAAUGCCUGCCCCCGCCCAAGGACUGGACAGAACGCGAGGAGCGACGGCGAACGUUUUGGAUGGCUUUCUGUGAAGACCGAUAUGCAAGCAUUGGUACGGGUUGGCCAAUGACGGUUGACGAAAGGGACAUCAUGACCAGGAUGCCAGCGUCUGACGAGGCCUUUGACAUGAGCCGACCCGAGCAGACGCUAACCUUGCAAGAAUCCACUGGGCCGCCCGGAGUCGGUAAGAUUUCGUCGUUUGGCGGCGUUGUACUGCUGGCAUCUCUGUUCGGACGCAAUCUUGUACAUCUUCAUCGCCCGGACGAUGAUGAUCUUGACCAUGACCUCAACGGCCCCUUCUGGAAACGUCAUAGACAGAUGGACAAUAUUCUCCUAAACACAUCACUAGGUCUCCCGGCAUAUCUGAAACUCCCCAAUGGACUGUCAAGCCCCAAUGUCAUAUUCACCAAUAUGAGUAUCCAUACGUCAACCAUUUGCCUGCAUCAGGCGGCCAUCUUCAAAGCUGAUAAGAACAAGCUUGUGGCGUCGGUCAGCUCAGAAAGUAAAGUGCGUUGCAUCACGGCCGCAAACGAAAUUGCUAGCAUCAUGAGAACGAUUUCUCACAUGGACCUGUCAUCGAUGAAUCCGUUUAUUUCUUUCUGUCUCUAUGUAGCAGCUCGAGUUUUCGUUCAGUAUCUGAAAAGCCGCCCAGAUGAUUCGCAAACGGCAGAUUCAUUGCGAUUUCUCCUGUCAGCAAUGAACGCUCUGAAGCGGCGGAAUCCACUGACAGAGUCCUUCUUGGUACAACUCGACGUAGACUUUGAAGCACUUGCUGUGCGCAUUCCAAAUCUGAGAAACGCCUUCCGCGGCGGAGACAGUCCUCAUUUUGGAAGCAGCGUCGAGCAUGCUGGCCCGCUUUGCUCCGACCCUGAAAGUGUUCAAGGAAUCUUGGCUUACCGAGAGUGUCAUUACAUGAAAUCACAGGGCGACGACGGGAACCCGGCUGCAGCGCCUGACCUUGUCGACGGUCAAGGCGACAACAAGGCUGGACAAAUCUCGGGUGCCAACGCUGGAUUUGGCGGGGGCCAGACGUGGCUCGCAACAGACCAGACCUCGGUGCCCGUCUUGACGCCGAAUUCUGGGACUGGGACCAUGUAUGAGAAGAACGGCUCGGUCAGCGGUCACGUUACGGGCUACGAAGCAAAUGGUGAUGUUCAUGAUAGAGGAGGGUCGCCCGAAGGAGGACAGUCGAACGGGCCAACACCAAACUCAAGCGGCGCAGGGUCGGACGUCAAGACGCAUCUUGCGCCGGGAAACUUGGGUGGCUCGGCACGAGAAAACGGCUUCCACCCAAGUCCCAUGGCGUCUCAGCAAAACUUGAUGAACCACGGCGCACCAACAGAUGCCGGCAAUCACCAAGGCUUCUUUGGCGAGUCGUUGUUUGCCAUGGACCACGACGUGGCUGGUCCGCAAACCGGUUUUGCCGUGCCUCAGACCUGGGGGGCCGAGAUGAAUGGCCAAGCAGCACCUCCCAACAUGACGCCUGUUGGCGAGGGGGUUCUCCGAGCACUCAUGAACAUGGGACCAAUGGAUGCCAUGGACCUUUCGUCGUGGGACUCGGGGCAAGACAGCGCCAUGCGAGGCUGA